CUCUGAGGAUUGCUCCGGCCAUGUCAUUAAAACUGUUCGUCACUGGGACGACCAGUUGUCAAAAUUUGUUAAAGCACCUACUUUACUGACCAAACUAAUCGCUCCCACACUCCACCCAUGUGCGGGUGGUAUAAAAUUAUAUGAUUUUUAUCUAACAGUUCAAAUGCUGACUUCAACACCCUUAAAGAUUGUGCCGCUAUCAAUCCAUACUUCUAACGCAAUACCUCGGCGAGCCAUAAAAUUACUUACAUCUAGAAUGCAGGAGUUUGUCCAAAGCGAGUAUGCGAUUUCGAGGUACACCGCUCUGGUUGUUAAGCAGGUAAACAACACUCCGUUUCUCUUCUCGGAACUUCUUUUAACCGUGCUCAGAAGUAAGCGAAAGUAGUCAACGCCUACGUAGAGAAUCGCUCGACUAAAUGCUUAAGUCUGGGUUGGGGACAGAGAGGCCAUCAAAGGUUGUCGAGGUUGAGAUGUUCUGUUUUUAUAAUGUGAAUUAUUAGCCAAUGUGCGUAGUUAUAUAAUCCAGUAGAAUUACCUUAUAUCUUUGACCAAUUUUUCAAAUUGCUAUAAUACUUUACAUUGAAGUGGUUUAUGAUAAGGUACACCUCAAAAGUUGUCGAGUUGGACCUUUUUUCAAAGAAAACCUCCUGCUUUACGAAAAUUUUCAGUAGCUGAUCCGAUCUUCAGUAGCUAGAUCUGAACACAAUACAUUGUAAAAUCUUAAUGGUUCUGGUACUAUCUGAAGCUGUUCUGAAAUUGGGUGAUGACAGCCAGUAAACUGUGGAUGUAGUUCUUCAGUUGCAAUACAUUACAAUUCGUCAGACAUAAGCCAUGUCAAGUGAAUGGUACCAAAAUGAUGGUCCUUUAAACCAUUUUUUUCCUUUUCAUUUGAUAACUUCAUCGCCAACGUUUUACUCAGUUGGAACCCAGUGCUAUUCCUUCACGUCAGUCAGCUAACUCGGUAAGCCACGAACUGACGGUGAUCGGAUCGUAGCCACACUAAUACCGUUCCAAAUAAAAGCAUUUAUCAACGUGGAUAGAGUGCGAUUCGGUAAAUGAGAUAUGAAUAUUAGCUUCAGUGAAGCUACCCUGGCUUUGCUUGCGAUCAUUGUACAGUUAAACGCAUCGCGAUACAAGUAUCGGAGGUAACACACUGCUGCGUAACUGCUUUCACUUUCUUGUAGGACAACUUUGGCGUAUAUUGUGUAAAAGCUGAUGAACCGAGGAGGAUAAGUAUAAAUAGUCACAACCAAACUGAAAACUUCGCGCUUAGUAGGCCGCCGUUAACGGAAAAUAUACUUUUCUUUCUAUCUUAACCUCCUCCUUUUAGUCUCUUUCCAGCAGGCCACUUUUGUAAUCAGUGAAAGAGAAAAAAGUCGCUGACCUCAAAUCUGGUGAAAAGGUUGGGUCGGUGACUAACUCAUAGCUUAAUGAGGGCGGCUGCCGUUCAAUCGAUUCAAUAAUGCACAUUAUAAUUUUUUAUGGAUUACCAUUUUCGCGAUAAUAUAAUAUACUCGUAUAUACCUAUAUAUAUAUAUUAAUACUUGUGUAUAUAAUAGUAAAAUAACUCUACGUAAAUGCCAAAACUGCUGGCUAAAAUCAAAAAUAGCAGAGGUGCGUCACUUUGAGACCAAUAACUUACGAAGGGUUCUAUGAAAUGUUAUAAAACUGGGACACUAUUAUAUUUAAGAUUGCGUGACAUUCGUAUAAAAUCUAGCGUACUGAAUUUAGAUGAACACAAGGAAGUUUCGUUUGAACUAAACUGGGACAUAAAUCGCGAUCCUUCGCAACGACUACAACUCUUAGCUGAAUACAAAACGCCCUCCAUGAGUGAACGUAAUGGUCAAAUUUUAGUAACAUAUCCCGACCGCACAAUAGCAUGCCUUUUUAAUGCCCAUACCCAGUGGCCGGAAUAUUAUGGCGAUUUUUAUUCUUCGUGGGAUAUCAAUGAAGCAAUUAUCAUUAAAUAUAGUCUCGGUCUUGGGUCUGGACAAAAUAAAAGCUAUUGGCUUCAUGUUGAUGGUUACACACCUUUCCAUGGUUGGAAUGUAAACAGUUUCGAUGCAAGUUUAUACAAUUUUGGAAGUUUAUUAUUAGCCAAUACAUCGAUAAUGUGGGGUGGAAAUGAGCACUUUGAACUUAUUUACAAAUACGAUGUAAAUAUUCAAGAAAUUCUAAAAAAUAUUGACAUUGUUUUUGGCUUAAAUAGCUCGCUUGUAGAAGUGCCAUCGAUAAAUUUUAUAAUACAUCAUUUGUAUGAUGCAAGCAAAAUAGAUACAGAUUUAAGUUUGCAUUAUAGUAGCGCAAAUGAAACUAAAAGAUAUUGUUGGAAUUCAAAAUGGGAGUUAAGAAAAAGUCUUCACUACCAAAACAUCAGUGGGACAAUUUUCGUACUCAGUCCACAUAAAGAGUUUUGGAAAGGCGGUUUAGUUACAAAAUGGAGCCUUCAUAACAAACAAAAUUUAAUCGGAGCAGCUUCAAUAACAUAUAACUUACGAGAAAUCUCUUUAACUUUGAAUGGUUAUGUUAAUAAAUUUAAUGAUAAUAUGAUUACUUUUAAUAUUACAACUCCAUUAAACGAAUAUCGCGAUAUAAAAGGUCGAUUUGGUGUAAUGGAAAAAAAGCACAAUGUCGUUGCCGAAAUUCGAACGCCCUCCACAGCUUUUGGGGUUGAGGUAUUACUUGAUAUUAAAUCUCUUGCUGAUUUUGAUGUCAAGUUGAGUGUAGCAACACCUAUUGAAAAUGUAAAACAUGCUGCCCUAUACGCGAAACUUAAAAGAGCUGCUAUGGAUAUGCGAGGUAUAUGGAAUAAUGUUACAAUUGGUUUCACCGGAGUUUCCUAUAUGAACGAUUUAACAGAUUUUGAGUAUUCAUGUAAGGUAUACACUCCUCUUAAAGACUUUGAAGAAAACGGUUUUGUCGUUAAGUUUUUAAAAGCGGAUUCGUUUGCACUACAUUUAUAUUCUAGACUUUCACGCUAUGAGUGUGGUAUACAAAUAAAUGGAAAACCUAAAUUGGUUAUUUUAAAAGAAUUAGAUACCGAGAUCAUUGAUCUCGAAACAAGAUUUGAUGAAAAUUUCAAACCUCCGAAAAUUGAUCAGAAAGAGUACAGCAAUAUAGAAAAUUUCGAGUACGAAGAAUUUUUUUCUUACAACAUGGAUUUUCUGGUCGAUUUACUCUUCUGGCCUACCGUUAAAGGCAUUCUGGAUAUUGAAGAAAUAUUAGACUAUUAUUUUAUCAAUGCGAACAUUGAACUUCCACAAGGCUAUGUGGAUAUACAAAAUAAUCUAUAUUUCCCAGAUUAUUUACGCAUAAUUAAUGUACUGAGCUUAGAAACUCCUUUUGAAAAUAUAAAAAAAGUAAAAUUAAUAACGGAGCAUCAGAUUGACAUAGACUUUCGGCAAUUCCAUGAAAAACUGUACUGCAAUGUUCACAACGCUGAAAAUUUAUCGAACGAAGCGGGAAUUGAAGUUAAUUACAAUGAAAUCACGGAUUUAGUAAAUUCGCCUGAAUAUAAUUUAAAUAUAAUUUUGGAACUACCAUCGAAAAAAAUAUUAAACCUGACUGGAAAAGUGCAUUUGGAGGAAAAUAUAUUCAAGGGUAAUUUGAUAACGAUCACAGGCAAAACAUAUUUUUUGCUUACAGCAGCUAUGGAGUCUGAACAAAAUUUUUUGGAAGCUUCCUUUAAUUUUUCGUUAGAGGAAAACAUGAGUCUACAGCACAAAGGAACUGCUUACUUUAAACAUGAUCUUUCUAAAGAAGACAACACUUUUGAUAUAAAAAUAGAAAUAAUGAAUCAAAACGAUAUGAUCAAGUUUCAAACCGAGUCUAUGUGGCAAUGUGAAAAUGACAAUGGGAAAAUAACUUCUAAUGGCAAAUUUAUAGCUACGUUAUUACCUUUCAAAUUAUUUGAGUAUACAUUUCUACUUAGUAGCGAAGAAAACCCGCAAUUAAAUUUUGAUUUAGUAUUUUCAAAUAAAAAUGGAAAAAAUCUUAAUUUUGGCUUGAGAGCAAUAAAAAAGGACGAAAUUAUCAAUGCAGAGCUAUGGACACCAAUGCAAAAUUUCAAAAAUAUAUCUCUCCAUGGUACGGUGACUCCCAUUUCUCCCAAUCAAUACCAAAUUGAAGGAGUGUUCUAUCGUGAUAUGGUAACUUAUGAGAUAAAUGGUAUAGUUCAGAUGAAUGGACGAUUGCCAUUAAAAACACGGUUGCAAACACUUUCAUUGCAUAACAAUCAAGAAGGACUUAUUGAGUUAAAUAUAUUAAAGGAAAAAGAAAAACCAAAUGACCUGCUUUUUCAGUUUAAUGCUAUUGAAAAUGGGAAAAGAUGUAAAAUAUCUGGCAGUUAUUCAUAUCACAACCAAACUGGUAUCGACUUAUCUGCAUUUAUUGAAUCAACGGAAGCUACAAUUAAACGAAUUUACAUUAAGACUAAUUUCCAAUAUCCGGAAAAUGAUUGUGUUACAGCGAAAAUAUUUCUAGAAACACCUUGGCAGGAUAUUCGUCUUGGAAAAGUGGAACUCUGGUCUGAUAUAAAAACACGGUUAGAUUAUGGGAAAUUAAAUGGUGGUUAUCAAUUCGAUUCCUAUAGGGGCUAUGGCAACUGUGAGUGGACUUGGAAACCUACGGAGAAUAUGCGCCUUCUAAUAGAAAGCAAUAUUGAACAACCAAAUGCUAAUACAAGUCAUUUCUUUUCUGAGAUAAAAUACAUAAACCCUAAUAAAACAUUCAACGAUUUAAGAGUGGGUGGAAAAUUAAAUUUCAGUUCAAUAUGGUAUUUUGAAAUAAAUGGAAAUCUAAAUUAUGUAUCCAUUAAUAAUAUUGGAUUUGGAUUAUUAACACAUUGGCCUACGGCAGACGAAUAUAUACAUGAUUUUAGAGGACAAUACCAAGGAAACAUAUUUAGCGAACAGGGAAAAGGUUUAGACAUAUCUAUUGAAGGAAAAUAUUUUGCUAAACAAAACAACAGGAGCUGUAUAACGCAUUUAUCGUAUAGAAAUCUAACAGACCUACAUAGCGUAGUCAGUGUUGAGUGGGGAAUUGCUGAUAAAACCACAAUAGUCCGUACAGACUUCCAAAUGCUAAGAAAAGAGAAAACUCUUCGCGAAUUUUUAGCUACAUUAAUCACCCCAAAAUUUGAAAAUGAAGCUACAGUAUAUUUAAUGGGCUCGUAUAAUCGUAUAAAAGGCAACUACCACUAUUUUAAUUUAUCUGUUAACUAUCCAUACACCAGAACGGUUGCCGAUAUGGAUAUAGCCAUCAAGUCGAUUGAAAACUUAAAUGGUAAAUUGAACUUCACCACGCCUUUCCUGAAUGCACCAUGGCUCAACACUUUAUUCAAUAUCAGCACAAAUAAAGGAUACUGCCAAGGGUUUUGUAGAGUUGAUUGGCCAACAGAUUUUACUUCAAUGAAAUUACAUAUUUCACGCACACAACAUGACUUAAGUAAUGUAUUUGAAGGAGACGUUUCGUUGGAGGUACCUUUAAAUACACGGCAUCUCGCUGACAUUAAAUAUAAGCUAAUUGAAAAACAGAAAAGUGAAAACGGUGUUCUUAAAAUUUUUUACAAUGAAAAAAUUGUUCUCAAUGGAACAUAUAAACGUUCGGAGCAAAACCUGACAGUUUUUAAAGAAAUAACUAAAAUUUUUUUAGAUAAUGAUAUUAAACCUAUCGGUAUUCAUUUCGAAAAUAGUACUGGCUGCCACAAGGAAAAUUGUGAUUUAAAUAUGAAACAUCUAGAGAUUUUUGAUUUUCGCAACCCGAACAAAUAUAACAUUACAUGGGAAUUACAUAAAGUUACGUCGGGAAAUAACAAAGAGACGAAAGUUUUGGUUAUUCAUCCUAAUCGUACUAUAAUUUUAACGACUACCUCUGAAAUAUCUUCGAAAUAUAAGAUUAAACAUAGAAGUAAACUGGAACUAUCGAAAACAGCUUGGAUCGGAUAUAACCUUGUAAUUCCAAAUACGGAUUACAACAGCUGGCGGCAAUUUUUGGCGGAAUUAUCAUAUCCCAAACGUAACCUAGUAGUAAAUGGUAGCUAUUUAACAACAAUAAAUUCUUUCAACUCAAAUGUCUCGUUUGCGUGGUUUGGAGGCGAAAAUAUAGGCAAUAAGGUAGUGCACACACAAAUUAUGUGGAAAAAUGAACCGUUACUACCAAACGACCGAGACAACCAAACAAUAACUUUGAGUAUAGGACAUUAUCUUUUGGAAAAGGAUUUAACAAUGACUGCUAAUUUUUAUCGUGGGAUUAAAGAGCUAAUAAAGUUAAAUUUGUUUGUAAACUACUCUACCGAUUUAGAACAUUUGAUCAAAAUCAGUACAUCAAUAACUAAUUUAAAUUUGGGAGUUGAAUGCACAAGAUACAUCAUACAGUGUAUAGCUUAUCAUAAAGCUUCCGAAGUAGACGUUAAAUUUAAUGCGUCCACCACGAAACGCCCGUAUUAUUUCGAAAUAGAGUCAAACUCUGUAUAUCGGAGAGAAUAUUUUCCGGAAAAAAUAGGACAAUUCUUGGUACUAUUUGAUUUGAGCAAUAAGGAGAUUGAAUACUUGAGAAAGUCGCCAUAUAGGAUGAUACGUGUAUGGUUGCAACCGCAUUUUAAUUAUCCAACUUAUGGACUGAACACUACAUUGUUGAAUACGCCAGAUGAAAACACUUCUGGAUUUAUAUAUGUUAAUAUUCUGGAUAAAUAUACAAAGAUGUAUUUUAAUUUAACUCAAGAUGGAAGUCAAAAUCUCGGUAUGUUUGGCAAUAUUCGAAACUCCCGACAUGUUUACAUUGACAUAUGGCGUAAUUACGAAGAUAUAAGUAUUGUUGAUGUAACUUCCUAUAUAAAAUUAAACCAUUCCCGUCAAGUAAGCGGGUGUUUACAUUGGCGUCCACAAAUACAACAAGAACUGAAAAACAAAAUAUAUACCUUUAAAGAAUCUGUAUUAAAUUCAGUCACUGAAACCAUUGACUUUUGGACAAAGGGACUUUAUACAGAAUCAGUGUCUGCAGUUUCAGUUGUUUGGGAAACAUCAAAAGAGUACAAUAAAGAUUUCAUUAAAGAACUCAGCACUCUUAGGGUUUUAGAAGAAGAUCUAGAAGAUUUGCGAAUUUAUUUAAAUAAGUCCUAUCAAGCAAAUGAUUUUUAUAUAAGAUCACUUGUUAACUUUUCACUUAUUGUCCUUGACGAGAUAUCCUUCCGGGAGCAUAUGGACUCAUUACCGGCUAUAUUUAGCGAAAUAUGUCAAAUUUUAGGAGAAUCUGGUAAAGCUUUGCGAAAAAGCAUCACUCAGUUAGUAGACAAGCUUAAAAUUAUAUACGAUAAUAUUAUACAAGCCAUAAAUACAUUUUUCCAUGGGCAACCACUGAAAUACUUAACUGAUUUCAUGGAGAAAGGGUUUAAAAGGUAUGAGAAAUUUGUUAAGGAAGCUCAUAUAUCUUUCAUAAACCAUGUAGAAGCUAUGUGGAGCAAACUCUAUGAUAUAAUUUCUACGUACGUAAGAGGAUUUCUGAAACGACUUGAACCACAUAUAUUCAAAGCAAUUAGUUACUUGGAAAAAAUUGCUUGGGAUUUUAGUAAAGAAAUAUUUAAUUACAUCAAUGAGAGGACCAAUGAAUUGGCAGAGUCAACAUAUUUUAAUCAAGUUUCCAGUUUUACACAAGAUUUUGAAAAUUUGUAUAAGGAUAUAAAAUCACAUGAUGCUAUUAUAAAUAUAAAAAAAUAUGCUACUAUCGCUUGGAAAUUCAUAAAGGAGAAAUCUCAAAAACUUAUACCCUUUGGAUCAGAACUAAAUGAAGUAAUUCUCGAAAUUUGCGAAGAAAUUAAGGAGUUGGAAAAAGUAAAACAAGUGCAGGUUAUGAUUACUAAAUUUAGGAAGGUAUCUUCAGAAGUAGAACUGUUUGCUGAAGAAAUAAAUUUAAAAACACAUUUGCAUCACUUAUACAUUCUUCUUCGUAACAAACUACGCACCUACUCAUCAAAUGCUUUGGAAUUAGCGAACAUGUAUCGUGAGGCAAAAACUAAAUUCGUAUUCGAUCCAGAGAACGGUGUAAUCGAUUUCGAACAAAAGUUGCCAAUCUCGUGGCACGCAUUUAAUGAAACACCAAAAUUGAAAGAAAUACCCGAAUAUACAUUUAUAUCACAAAUGCGAAGGAUGUUAGCUACGAACAUGUCAAUAUUGGGACACAUUUACGAUUUGCGAUCGUAUAUGGAAUCAAAAACUUGGCUGAAACCAUAUUACUCACGUGCAUACUUGAUAGACUCAAUGUUCUACAUAACACAUGACAAACGUUUUGUCGAUCUAAACAAGGUCUUUCAGCAAUACAUCAAUUGCAGCUAUAUUUUAUCACAUGAUUUUUGGAACAAGACUUUUACUCUUACUAUUGAUUUGACGAAUAUUUCACAUUAUAAUUAUGAAAACCCCCAGGCUAAAAUCAACCUUUUUACUAGAGGUCAUUCAUUCGAAAUUGAUCCAAAAACCGAUACCAUAACGUUUGAUGGCAUCUCAAAUCCUAUGCUGCCUAUUAUAGUUGAAGAUUUAAUCGUAUACAGAGACUCAGAUAUACUGAAAAUAAAAUGUGGAGCGGGAUUUAAUAUUGAGUGCAAUAUGAAGUUUAGUUUGUGUUGGCUGGAACUUAAUGGACGUUAUUUUGGUCAAACUGCUGGAUUACUAGGCACAAUGAACAAUGAACCAUUUGAUGACUUUAUUACUCCCUCCAACAUAAUUGAAAAAUCAGAUGAUGUUUUUUCUGAAGCUUGGAACAUGAACCGCUGCAAUAAAAUAACCACCGAACAGACAAAUGAUUCAAGUACAGAAUUCGCCGAAAUAUGCCACCAACUAUUUUCACCUCUAAAUCAUUGCUCAAUCGUCAUGGAUGUAGAGCCUUUUUUAAAUAUUUGCAUGGAAUUGGGUUAUAUGAAUCGGAAAAAUCCUAAAUAUCCAUAUCUUAAGGGUCCGUGUACUGCAGUAUUAGCUUAUAUAGAAAUAUGUCAAUAUGCUAAAAUACCAAUGCGUGUUCCCCAACAAUGUGUAAUGUGCGAAAUUAAUAAUGGUGAAUAUGUCCCUGAAAGUACAUUUGUGGAAUAUAACAUAAAUAAUGAGUCUCGUAGCAGCGAUAUAGUCUUUUUAGUUGAAGCAAACGAGUGCAAUACAUUCAGCUUGGCGAAUUCUAUAGUUUCAGCCCUCGAGGAACAAUUACACAGCCAGAGAUUUAUGAACACCAGAUAUGCCGUCAUUGCGUUUGGUUCGCAACUACCACCAUUUGAUUAUCCCCGAACUAUUUCAAAAGACAAUGUUGUUUUUACUAACAGUACUUAUAUACUACGUCAAUACCUAAAGCAUAGUACAGUUUUCUCAAAAAGUUAUGAUGGAUCUACUUCAAAGAGUGAUAUAAUGCAAGCUAUUUCCACAGCUUCCAGAUUAAAUUUCCGAACAGGAGUUUCAAAAACCUUUAUAAUAAUAUCUUGUAGCCGAUGUGACAUUAAACAAAUGCGAUAUGAUUAUUCAUCCAUAUUACAAUAUAUGAUCGACGAAGGAGUUAGUUUACAUAUCAUCACCAACGCUGAUUUUAACAUUCACAAACCACGUAAAAUACGUCACUUUUAUGGUUUUGACAAGCAGUUUAUAUAUUCGAAUCGCAGCCCUGAAGGUAGUAGCGAAAUACGUCAUACGCUCCAUGUUUCAAAUAGCAGCUUCGGGAUAUGUGCACAAUUAGCUUUAGAUACUGAGGGAUCUGUUUUCAGCGUUAAACAGAAAAGUCCAAUUAAACGAUUAACAACUAUUUUUGCUAAGCGAGUGGUGCAAAGUUCUGUAUCAAACGGUAAUCAAACUUGCGAAUGCACUGGCCAUAACACUGGUUCGACUUAUAUGGUAUGCACAAUACAGAAACCAUCUAAUAAAAGAUCAAAUAAUGAACAAAAUGAUUACGAUUUCUCCGAUUGGGACUGGCAAUUUGAAGAUGACAUUGUGAAGUAAAUUUUUUUUACAAAUAAUUCCACAAUCAAAUUGGGACAUAAUUAUUUUAAAAACGCACGUAAAUUUAUAUUUUAUUCAUGCUGUUUUCAUAAUAAUAUGCAUUAAUCAAUAAUAAAAGAUUACCUGUACAAUCACAGUUGAAA